UCGUCAUUCUUAUCCUCAAUCUCCAGACCUCGUCAAACGCUUUUCCCCCAUUUUCUUGCAGCAGCGAUGGAUGUAAUGUUUGCUCAUCAGCAGUCGAGCUUGAAUCCGAACGCCCCGAUGUUCGUCCCCAUGGCUUACCAGGCGGUGGAGGACUUCUCCGAUCAGUGGUGGUCGCUCAUCCAAUCCUCCACCUGGUUCCGCGACUACUGGCUCCAGGAGCGCUACCAGGAUCCCCAAUCCGACUUCUUCCUCCCCGACGACCUCGAUUUCCUCGACGACGGCGCCGAUUUCCUCCGCUUCUCCGGCGGCAAAGAUGAGGAGAAGGAGGAGGAAUUGGGGAUGAAAUGGGACAUGGUGUCGGUGGGAUCGACGAAAUGGAGGAAGAAUGAUCUGAAUCGGUCGCCGAGGUAUGCAGAGAAGGCGGCGAAGAUUGUGAAUGUGAAGAUGAGUCCGAGGACGAUUCAGCAGCCGAGGUAGAUUGUUGGUGAUGAGUCAGGAAGUGAAUGGAGAGUUUGGGGGAAUUUUCUUUUUAUGUAGUGUUAUUGUACAUAGUGCAGAAGAGUGUUUGGCUUUGAUGAUGGUCAGGAUCGUCAUCUUGUUCAUGAUUUCCUUUCUGGGUUUAGGUUUAUUACUCAAGUUUCAGUUUAGCUUCAGUUUCAGUUCCCCCCAAAAGCUAAUGUAGAAAAAAGUACAAAAAAGGCAGAAAAUCAAUGAAAGAACAGAUCUUUGUUACUACCUUUUCUGUAAA